AAUUUAUCAAAAUAACUUAAAGAACGCCCUUGAAAUAAUUUAAAAAUUAAAAAUUAUUGCAAUUAUUUUUUUUUUAAAUUAACUCCAACUUAUUCAAUAUUCAAAAGUUAACAAAAAAUGUCGUACUAUGAUUCAUUGGAACAAGAAGUUGUUGAUUUGCACUAUCUUACACGUGAACGCGCAAGACUUGUCGUUAUACAAAAGAUCAGAGAUUGUCAUUCUAGAUGCAUACCCUGCGUAAAAUUUAUAACAGGACGAGGAAAUCAUAUAAAUGCAACUGGAGAACGAGGGGUUCUUUAUGAAGAAUUUCCAUCGUGGAUGCUAGACUCUGAGAUUGAACGUUUGGUCCAAGAUUAUGAUCCAUUUGUAACUUAUUCGACUUUAAGUUCAAUGAGCGAUUAUUUGGAUUAUAAAAUAACGUAUUCAAACACUAACGAUUCAUACUAGAUUUUUACAUAUGUUUCAUGUUCUACUAGUUUAUAUUUCUUUUAUUUUAUUUAUUUAUAUCUUGUAUUUAUAUCUUGUCAUUUAUUUUUAUCUUUAUAUCAUACAUUUAUUUACAUCUUGUUAUUUUAUUUAUUUUUUUAAAAAUUAAAUAUUUUUUUUUUUCUU